UGACCGGAUAGUUUUUCUAGCUGGCUUUUUUUAUAGGCUAUUGGCGACACUGUCCAACUAAUGUCAUACGUCAUACUAAAAAUGAAAAAAGCGCGAAAGCGCGAAUAAUCUUUUGAAGAAAAUUUCAAGCUCAAGCUGUGUUUUAGUCUAAGGUUUUAGUUCACGUGUAGUUCACUUUAGUUGAUUAGUUAGUUCUAAAUAACAAUUAAUAUUCGCCUUUAUAUAUCUUAUGUCUAUGAUAUUCGCCAUUUAUCGUAUGUACUUGCCGAUUUAUUAUUUGUGAAACACUAAACACAUCUGAAAAAUAGGAUGCAGUCGUUUCUAAAGUCUGGAAAGUUGGGGGAACAACCUUCAUCUAGCAAAGCUUCAGGCGUUAAUAAUAAAAAGAAAACGAAAAAAUUACAAUGGGUAGAAAAGUACAGACCAAAAACUGUAGAAAAUGUGGUGGAACAAACAGAGGUUGUUGCAGUUUUAAAGGAGUGUAUAACAGGAGCCGAUUUACCCAAUUUACUUUUUUAUGGACCACCUGGUACUGGUAAAACUAGCACUAUCUUAGCAGCAGCACAGCAACUUUUUGGAGACUUAUAUAGAGAAAGAAUUCUUGAAUUAAAUGCAUCAGAUGAAAGAGGUAUUCAGAUAAUUAGAGAUAAAAUUAAACAUUUUUCACAGUUGACUGUAAAUAGUACUAGACCAGAUGGGAAAAAGUGUCCACCACUUAAGAUUGUCAUACUAGAUGAAGCAGAUGCUAUGACUAGUGCUGCUCAAACAGCUUUAAGAAGAGUAAUGGAAAAAGAAGCCAAGACUACCAGAUUUUGCCUUCUCUGCAAUUACGUGUCUAAAAUUAUUGAACCGCUAACUUCUAGAUGUUCAAAAUUUAGAUUUAAACCACUAAAUGAGGAAUUUAUAUUUGAACGUUUAAAUUAUAUCUGUAAAGAGGAAGAUGUUACUGUCACUGAUGAGAUUUUGAAAGUAUUAGUGAAAGAAAGUGGUGGAGAUAUGAGAAGAGCUAUCACAGCAUUGCAGAGUUGUUCUAAUCUUAAAGGCAAAGAUUCACACAUAACUUUGGAUAUUGUAUAUGAAGUACUAUCAGUUAUUCCAGAGAAAUGGAUAACUGAUUUACUUAAAAUGUGUAGGAAAAAGACCAAUGUGUCAGAACUUACUAAAUUUAUUAAAGGUUUAGAAAUGCAAGCAUAUCCUACUCAAAAGAUUUUUGAACAAUUGAAUGAUUUACUUAUUACAUCAGAUAUUGAUAAUAUGGCUAAAGCAGAAAUAGGUAAUUACCUUGCUGAAGUAAGUUUCAGGAGUUCAUGUAGUCGGGCAGAUUUUAUACAUUUACUCGAUUUGGUUGUUAAUAUGCAAAGGAUUUUAACAGUGCCAUUGGAACAGAGAAAUAAACAGGACAAGAAAAUUGCCACCUUGUUAACUUUACCUGGUGUAGCUUAAUGCUAUCAUUUUAAAAUUUAUAUUUUUAUACUAUUAUCUAUAAUAUAUGUUCAUAAGUUAUAGACGUUUUAUUAAAUAUUACUAUAUUACUAUAUUUUAAAAAAAUCAUGUAGAACAAAACUAAGUAAAUGAUUAUAGGUACAUAAAAUAGGAUAAAAUUAAGGGUGACGAUUCACUUUAGGGCUGUCGCGAGGAUUGCAUUUAAAAUAAAAAUGUUGCUACCAAAACAAAGUAAAAGACAUUUGUGAAAGAACUAGGUGAGGAAUAUUCGAUUUCUUAAAACAGUUUUUGUAAAAUAAAUAACACAAAUGGGCUGAAAUGGGUACUAUUUUUGACGCGGAGGCGGCGCAGUAAUGUCAGGUGUUCGAUAUUUACGUUCCGAUUGACGGAUGGCGUCUUGUUGCUCUAACGCGCAUGCUCAUACCGGGAACAUGGACGCUUUUAAAUUUACGCUACCCUUGUACAUUUUUUAUUUAUUUAGAGUUGUUGGUAACGGCGAUCAAAAUACGCCGUAGGCGUAUUUUGAUCGCGUUGGUUAGUCUCUGGUGUUUUUUGGUAUUUUAUAUAUAUUUUAUAUAUUCAUUGAUUUUCUUAAAAACUAUUGCACGAAAAGCUAUGAAAAUAUUUUUGAGGUUAGAAAAUUUUUCUCGCUUAUUUUACAAAAAAUCGCAUUUUUCCUCACCUCAAGUUCUUUAUUUUAGUCUAAAAA